AUGUCCGCAAUCUCGCAAACCCGACUGGCCGGAAAUGAGUCGGCGGCGGACAAAAAGGACAACUACCAAGAAAAGGAGCGCAUUUCACACCCCCCUCCCCCCCCAAUCUUCAGUAAUCCACCACCGUGCUCCCUCCCCACAUCCGCCACUUUGUCGCCCUCGGCGUUUCCGCCGCGCUCGUGGAGGAAUUUGGGAAUUGAGGAUCCUCUGUUUCGUUGUUUUAGAAGACGACGCGGAGGCCGGGUUUUUCUUUUUGGGGCAAUGGAUGUCGAUGAGUCCUCGCCGUCGUCGCUGCUGGCCUCGCCCUCUUCUCUUUCCUCUGACUCCAUUGACCUCAAUUUCCUGCCGUUCCUGAGGAGGGAGCCCAAGUCGGAGCCGGCUUCUCCUGAGCAUGGCCCUCUGCCGCCACCGCUACCGCUGCCACCGCAGGCCACGGCGGUGGUGUUCGCGGCACCGACAACGCCUGACCUGUCUUCGCCUGAGGUCCUGACGCCUCUGCAGUCGCUGCCACCAAACCCCGACGAGGACGCGCUCUUCGCGGAGUACUGCCGAUUGGCGAGCCUCUACCUGUUAUCAGCGGGGGCCGGGGCGAUCGUGCCAGCGCCGACGCCUGAGGCCGCGGCGCCGGCGGCAGUGCAGCCUGGAUCGGGGUCCGCGGCGAAGAAGCGCCGGCCGCGGUCGUCAGAGUUGGUACGGGUGUCCUCACUUAGCGUGCGGGAUCAGAUCUAUUUUCGUGAUUUGGUGCGCCGGGCGCGCAUCACCUUCGAGUCGCUCCGCGGCCUGCUGCUGAAGGACGACGAGCGCGCGGAGGCGCUCGGUCUUGCGGGCGUCAUCGGGCUUGGCUCAGUGGACCGGCGUCGCGUGCGCGCCGACCUGCGGGCUGCGGCGCUCAUGGCCGACCGAGACCUGUGGCUCAACCGCGACCGCCGCAUAGUGGGGCCGAUACCUGGGAUUGCUGUCGGCGAUGCCUUCUUCUUCCGCAUGGAGCUAUGUGUGCUGGGCCUCCAUGGCCAGGUGCAGGCCGGGAUUGAUUAUCUCUCAGCAGGGCAAUCUGCCUCAGGCGAACCUAUAGCCACAUCUAUUAUUGUCUCUGGUGGGUAUGAAGAUGAUGAUGAUCGUGGUGAUGUACUCGUGUACACCGGCCAUGGUGGCCGAGACCCCAACCUGCACAAGCAUUGCGUCGACCAGAAGCUUGAGGGCGGCAAUCUUGCCCUCGAGCGCAGCAUGGCCUAUGGUAUUGAGAUUCGUGUAAUCCGUGCUGUCAAGUCUAAGCGCAGUCCUGUUGGAAAGGUCUACUUCUACGACGGCCUCUACAAGGUUGUUGACUACUGGCUCGACCGCGGGAAAGCAGGCUUUGGUGUUUACAAGUAUAAAAUGAUUCGCAUUGAAGGGCAGGAGCCCAUGGGAUCUGUGAAUUAUCGCGCAGCUGAACAUCUUAAGGUGGAUGCACUAUCUAUGCGACCAACUGGGUACCUGAGCUUUGAUAUUUCCAUGGGUCGAGAGAUUAUGCCAGUUGCACUAUAUAAUGAUGUCGAUGAUGAUAGGGACCCACUCUUAUUUGAGUACCUGGCACGGCCAAUAUUCCCAUCUUCUGCAAUUCAAGGGAAGUUUGCUGUGGGUGGUGGUGGGUGUGGGUGCAUCGAGAAUUGCUCAAUUGGAUGUUAUUGUGCAGAAAGGAAUGGGGGUGAGUUUGCGUAUGAUAAAGCUGGUGUUCUUCUAAGGGGCAAACCACUGCUGUAUGAGUGUGGUCCAUAUUGCCAAUGCCCACCUAGCUGCCCCAACAGGGUUAGUCAGAAGGGGCUUAAGAAUAGGCUUGAGGUGUUCCGGUCAAGGGAAACUGGGUGGGGUGUUCGAUCUCUGGAUCUCAUUAAGUCUGGCACGUUCAUCUGUGAGUUUAGUGGGAUUGUGCUUACUCAUCAGCAGUCAGAGAUAGUGGCAGCCAGUGGUGAUUGUUUGGUGCAUCCGAACAGGUUCCCUUCAAGGUGGUUAGAUUGGGGUGAUAUCUCUGAUGUAUAUCCUGAGUAUGUCGCUCCGAACCAUCCUGCCACUACAGACUUGAACUUUUCGAUUGAUGUCUCAAGGGCAAGGAAUGUGGCUUGUUAUUUCAGCCAUAGUUGCAGUCCAAAUGUAUUUAUUCAGUUUGUGCUGUUUGACCACUACAACGUGUCUUAUCCCCACCUCAUGAUCUUUGCCCUGGAGAACAUUCCGCCCUUGAGGGAGCUAAGCAUUGACUAUGGAAUGAUUGAUGAAUGGGUUGGAAAGUUAACUAUGUAG